AUGGAGUACAAGUUCUCCACGGUUGUCGACCCCAGCAGCUACGACACUCGUGGGCUCCUGUGUGACGAGUUCGACGUCAGAUAUCAUAAGAACGCUGAGCUCGAGGAUAUCGGUUGUUUGAAAUGCCAGGAGCACUGGAGGCAAUCUGUGGGCCCUUUGGGAGCAUUCAAGGGCACUUUGGGCAACAUACUCAACCUUAUCUCUCUGGCCAUACCUGAAUGUUUGCCGGAGAGGCUCAGCAUCGUGGCUUUCGCGAAUGAGCUCGCCUUUAUGCAUGAUGAUGUGACCGACAUCGCCGAACACGGUGAUGUUCACAACAAUGACUUCAAAGAUGCGUUCAACAAGAUGGCCAGCACGGGCACCAUGGACAAUGCCGCGUCGGGGAAGCGGGCCCUGCCGGCGUACAUCGCGAAAGAAAUGGUGCGCAUUGACAAUUAUCGCGCAAUCCCAACCAUCAAGGCCUGGGCGAAGUUUGUCGACUACGGCGGGCGGCAAGAGAUGAAAACUUGGAGAUUGCAAGGGCUAUAA